CAGAUUUAAUCGACAAGCGUUUAAAAAUACAAACAACAGCUAUAUCGCAACAAUAAAGUACUUUGAUUCUUGUAUCUUGCUAUUCCUUGAGGUGCAUAAGUACUUUAAUGCACUGCUGUUGAAAAACUUAAAUUAUGCUGACACCGAAAGUUUUUCCUGCUUGUCAAUGGUGGACUACUUGCUUAUCAAAUGCAGUUAAAAGAUCCCUCUUGAACUUCAAUUUCCAGAUGUCGAGCUUAGAGGAGCCUCUAGGUCUCAACAAUUUUCCAAGCUUAAGUGGGGUAGGUUGGAUCCAGAGGUUUAGUCCUAACGCUUGGAGCCCCAGAGAAUAUGAAACUGAAUUGGGUAAUUGUUUGAUUGAAGGUAGACAAUGCAGCUCUUCAAAUAGUUGCUCUGAAGAAUAUACAUGGGGAAGGAAAACAAAGGAUAUAUACUGCUCAGACUCUUUACUUUGGACGAGAUCAAGCCUUUGUAGGAGUCGAAGGGUCUUUGAUAAUGUUUCUGAUUCAUGGUAUUUACAAGGUCAUCAAACUCGUCACUACCACUCAUUAAGCAAUGGUAGGGAGAGUGAUCUAACAAAUAAGUUCUUGAGGGUUAUGCCAAAAUUUGUAAAGAUAGUCGAAGUUGGACCAAGAGAUGGAUUACAAAAUGAAAAGAAUACUAUACCCACAGCUGUAAAAAUUGAACUAAUACAGAGGUUGGCCUCUUCCGGAUUAUCUAUUAUUGAGGCCACCAGUUUCGUCUCUUCGAAAUGGGUACCACAGUUCGCAGAUGGAAAGGAUGUGAUGGAAGGAAUUAAACAUAUUGAGGGUGUGAUGUUCCCUGUGCUAACACCAAAUCUCAGAGGAUUUGAGGUUGCUAUUGCAGCUGGAGCAAAGGAAGUCGCAGUAUUUGCAUCAGCUUCUGAAGCUUUUUCUAAAUCAAACAUCAAUUGUAGCAUUAAAGAAAGCCUUGCCCGUUAUCUUGAUGUCACUCUUGCUGCAAAGAAAUUAGCCAUACCUGUAAGAGGGGGAAGGAAUGUAUACAUGCAAUUUUCUUAAUGGAUCAGAAUUCACAAGGACAAAAAGGGGAUCAGGCUGCUUACUUUGCAAACCAUUUACCGGUGGAACUUUUUCCAGUUAUCAUUGUAUAUGACUGCAAGGAUAACAAAGGAGUAAAUUCCAAACAACAGAGAUGCAAAUCUAAAGAAGAAAAAAUGACCACUUUAACAAGCUCAGCAAGUCCAGCUCCAAACCUACUGUGAAUAUAAUCAUAAUCCAUGUAAGAAUCAUCAAGCGUAUCAUGCAAAAGUCCUGCAGCAACAACCGUCACAUUAGCACCAAUCUUCGCCAACAAAAGCACUGUCUCCACACAAUGUUGCAAAUAAUUUGAAUGAGUGGAACGAGAAGAGGCAGAAACGAAUCUUUGACGACUAUAUGUUGCGUAUGUCCUAUUAUGAUUCUCCUGUUAAGCUUGCAGAAAGCAGCAAUAUACAGCGGCUAGAGACCAACUCUCAACCUGCGAAUGUGGAGGCUAUUUUAUCUACAACAAAUAAUCAAAAAUUAACAGUGCAUCAUAGUCAAAUUAAUCUGAACGAUUGGCUCCGGCAUCUCUCGAUGACCAAGGUUUCCAAGACAUGAAACAUCUUUGCUGUAUUAUUGAUGUGAAAAUUGCACCUUAAUUCGGUACAGGUCAACAAGUUGCUGUUGUGCUAUUUGCAGAAUAGUUAACGGAAAUAAGAGGGAGAGAGGGGUGAUCAAGGAACAAAAGCUAUUAAGCGAGAGGGUCCUACUAAGCUGGAGGAUGGUGAAUCUGCCAAUUAUAAACUAAAUUUUUUUGGAAAAUCUAAGAUUGUAAAACAGAAAAAAAAUGGUAGCGAUUAACUACAGAAAAUGUUGACAAGCUGUUUAUUUGUAUUAUAGAAAAUUGUUGGCAUAUGUUGGAUGAUUGCGGACAAAUAUGAUUCAAGAUUUUGCAUUGAACAAUUUUUCCCAA